AUGUGUACCGGCACGAGGACGAAAAUGAGUGAACGGACUGGUAAUGAGACAGUGCAACUUUGCAACAAACCUAUGCGAACGGGUCGACGAAGACCGGGAUGCGUUAGGGUUGGUGUGAUGGUGAUGCUGUUAUUAGUGCAAUUGCAGCUCAGCAUAUCCCAGGCAACGGAAGAGUCCGACUUUACGAAGCAGUGCAGCAACUGCAAGUGUAGCUGGAAGAGUGGCCGCAAGAGUGCGGACUGUACGAACCAACGGUUACCCGUGGUCCCAAAAGAGUUAAGCAACGAGCUGCAAAUCCUCGACCUAUCGCACAAUCAAAUAAACGAACUGCCCUCGAAAACGUUCGAGGCCGCACAACAGACAAACCUGCAGAAGCUGUACCUAAGGCACAAUGGCAUGAAACGGGUUGAUAGAGAUGCGUUCCGCAACCUGACCAUCUUGAUCGAGCUCGAUAUGGCGAACAACAAUCUGACCGCGCUCGAAGCUGGUGUGUUUGAUGAUCUCACCAAGAUACGGGUCAUCAUUCUGAACAACAAUCAGAUCGAGCGGAUCGACAAUAGCCUAUUCAAAGGGCUGCAGUACUUAACGAAGGUGCAUCUGCGCAGUAACCGGCUGGUGCGGAUAGCACAGAACAGCUUCAUCAACGUACCGAACCUGUCCCAGAUUGAGCUCGACUACAACGAGCUGCAGGCGCUCCGGAAGGAAUCCUUUUCGGGGCUGGAAAAGCUGACGAGUCUGUCGCUAACGAACAAUCCCUGGAACUGUAGCUGUACGUUGCGCAGCUUCGCGGAUUACGUGCUGACGAAGAAUUUGUACACCUCACCGACCGCUUGCAGUGUGCCGAAGUCACUCGCCGGGCGCCAGUGGAACGAGAUCGAGCUGGACGACUUUGCCUGUCCACCGAGGAUUCUCGAGAACCGGAUGCAGUUUCCGAGUGCGAGUGAGAACGCCACGUUCAUCUGCAAGGUGAGCGGAUUGCCGCUGCCCAAAAUUGACUGGCUGUUUCAGAAGCGUUCCUUCUCACGCCACGAUCAGCGGUUGCGCGUUACCGAAGCCGUGCGGACGAGUACACGCGACCAGAGCGAGUAUCUGGUGUCGGAGUUGACCAUCUUUGGCGUGCGCCCUACGGAUCGGGGCACGUACGUCUGCAAAGCGACCAAUCGCGGCGGUAUCGAUGAAAGCGAACAGUUCUUCGAUCUGAAGGCGGAUCCUCACCCGAUCACAUCGGCGACCCGCUCGAAGGACAUUCUACAGAUCGUGCUACUGGUCGUGGUACUAAUACUACUGUUCGUGGUUAUUGCGUGGGUAUUGCUGUACUGCAUCUGCUGUAAAAAGCGACGCUUUAAGAAAAAUUCUACAAUGAGCGAAAAUGGGCUGAUGAACACGAAGAUGAUGGACAAAUCGCAGAAUGAUUCGAUCCUGGAUAGUGGGUCGGUCAUCGUGGAGAUGCAGAAGAGCCUACUGACGGAGGUAAAUCCGGUGGAGAAACCACCACGCCGGGUUGACAUAGAUGCAGGCGAAAAGGGCCCGGGAAGUGGUGGCCAGAGUGUCGGUAGCGGUGACUACGACGAGAAACACGAAGCCAAGCGAACGCUGCUGGAAGAGACUGGUUUUGUCGCCCAGGAUGAGGAAACAGCUUCGGUGGCGCUGUCGGACACGAACCCGCGCUCUCGUGCCACCUUCGUAGAUGACGGAUGCGGGACCAAUCUGCCGCCGGAUCUGCUCGCAUUCCCGGCACGCUUCCCACAGUCGCCUUCGAUACAGAGCUCGAUGUCGAACAUCCACGAUGGGCGCAUCUACGGUAAAUCGCCACUGGCAAGUCCCAUCUACCAGACCGGACCGGGCACUAGCUUAGGUGGGGGCGGUUCAGGCCAAAUGCCCGCCGGGUUCCGCACACUGCAGCACCCGAAAACGGGUCGGACGAUAGCAAUUGCGGCAGCCCGCGCUAACUCACCGUUUACGCCGGCCCCAUUGAUCUAUCCGCCGGUUGCGAUGAAGCACCAGGGCUACGUGACAAUCCCGCGCAAACAGCGUACCCCCAGCUGGACACCAUCGAUGAGUUCGGCGGUGACGGCAGAGCUACUACCGACGGGCGGUCACAGUGGCGCCACCAGCCCCACCUCUCCCAUCGACAUGUCGCUUAGUUUGUGCGAACCGGUAUACGACAACCUGGGCCUACGGACGACGGCCUCCGGCAACUCGACGCUCAAGCUCAACAAGACAGCACAUCGGGGGUCUCCGCUCGGGUCGACCGCAUCCGGUACCGCGCUCACGUCAACACCGAUGGCAAAGUACAGCAUGAAGGAUCGACCAUUGCCGGCCACUCCCGGUGGGCAAACGGCAACGCCCAACAGUACUGUGUUGGGACAUGGUGGUGGUAACUACGAGGCUAUACCCGAGGCACUGCCCUACUUGGGACAAUCAACGGCCGCCAGCCUGAGCGGGUUCGACCUAGAUCAGUCCUCCAUCUACGGUCCAGCGAUGACGACGAAUCGUAGCAAAAUCCCGCCGAGACCACCGCCCAAACCGAAGAAGAAGCCGCCACCUGUGGGCCUCGUAACGACCGGUGAUGACCAACGGUCCACGCCGAGUGGCCAGGUUCCGAACAGCAGCGCCAACACCAGCACAAGCCCGCUGGUGGUCCAGGAAUGUGACGACGGUACUGAGGUCUAG